AUGCUCCCUUCAUCCUUUUCUCUUUCUGCCCUGCGAUCAAACUCCGACUCGGAAAAGCGCUCGCGCAAGUCGUCUAUCCGCGACCGAGGAAACCUCGAGCCCACCCGCUCGCAGCGCCAUCGCCAACACGACGAACCCGUCAUCCUCCACUCCAAGGAGGCUCUUCAAGGAGAGCCAGUGCCUCCUCCCAACCGCCUGCGCAGCAAGUCGAGGACUUGGAGCGCCCGCGUCUCCUCCUUUCUUCCUCCGCUCAUAUCCUCGACCGCAGAUUCGCCCCCUCAGCCCGUCCGCCGAAAAACCGCCGCCGAGCCCACCGAGCCCCGUCCGCCUCUCCCCCCGCCUCCGCCUCCCUAUGCCUCUCAGGACUCACCAGCCUCGCCUUCUGGCCCGCCCACCAAUGACGCCGCCAGGGCCGAGAGCCUCGAGUCGCCUUCGUCGCCCUCUUCAUACUCGCCAACUGAUCUGAGCAUUCGACAGAGCUCGGCCGCGGCCGCAUCCAUGCCGCACCUGGACACGGCCAGCAUCACUCUCGUAUCCAGCCCCGAGGCCACCCCGACUGCUCCCUCGUCCACUUCGUCGCCCGAGUCUCGGCCCGCCGCCCUAGCCCGACUGGAAUCCGCAGCCCAGACGGGGGCACGCGGAAGCCAUGUUGCCGAGGGCAGCGCGGAUUCUCAGAAGCAAUCGAAACUGCAAAAGGCGGUCCGCCAGUCCCGGCGUCGAAGCAAGUCCCUGCACCAAAUGCCUCUCAUCUCGGAACCGCGCCCCGCCCCUGGAGAUGACUCGACGUUUCCUCCGGAGCUCAGGGGCAGACGGAGCUUUUCCGCUCAAGCCCCGUCCAUCGUCGCGGGUGACACACCGGGUCUGCGGCUCACCCCGCCGCCGCCAUCUGCCAACCUUCGACCACGAUCUUCAAAGGGCAGCAGCCAGAGCCCCUCGAGGGGAAGAUUCCGCAGGAGCUGGUUCCCCGGUGGACUGAGGUCUCGCUCCAGCUCCGUGGAUCCUUCCAAGAAGAGCAAAUCGUACGCCUGGAUCAUGUCUGACGACAAAACACAAGUCGAGUACAACACAUCGUUGCUCAAGAACGGUGAAAAGGUUCCCGAACUUUGGAACGAAAGCGGCGUCGUUCAUGUCUACCUGUACCCAAGAGGAAGCGGAUGUGGACCCUCGUUCAAGGUGCCCGAGUUCACAGUGAGCUCUUCCCUCAACCUGAAUGAUGCCACCCGAAUGGCCUCGCCACCCGUCUCCCCGACGCUCCCCGAGUCCCCGGGCUGCAUGCGAUUGUACCUCCCCGCCGCGCUUCCCACGGGAAGCGGACACCUCACUGCUCCGGGCGAAGGAUCGCACGCGGAGCUAGACCGCUUAAUUGCCAUCAGGAACCUGUUCGCCUUUCUCACCGGCCAACCCCUUGUGGGCACAAAGUCCAAACCCACCACGUUUCAUGCUUUCCUCGAGAUUGCAGAGCUUUUGCAAGAAUUCGGCUUCUCGGGCGCUAGCGAGGAAACGUUUGGCGAAGCCGUCGACCUCAGCUUCGGUUUCUACUCGGAUCAACUUGGUCUCGCCGACUGUCGCCACAGCCGAGAAAAGACUUUGGAGGCUCUGGUUCUGGGCGAGCGCAUGCGCAGCCUGGACCUCUACAACGAGGCGUUUGCCCACGCUGCGGGAAAGUACUCGGCCAUCAAGGACCUGCGGCUGCCGCUGUUCGAGCAGAUCUCGCCGCACACCCGCGAGCGACUGGAGCGGGCGCAUUUCGAUCUCGUGAACCGCCAACACAACGUCAACGAGCAUCUGGAACAGUUCGAGUUCCCGUCUCUAUUUGCCGGCAUCGCCAAUUCUUCGGCGUUUCCCGAGCUGCGGCAAGUCCGGUUCAAGGUCUGGAGGAACUCGUUUCACAGAAUGCGGCAAUUCACCCUGAACUACUAUAAGCACACGUUCGGUAGCUGGCCGCCCAAGGCCAGCAGCAAGAAGAACCCAUUCGCAGAGAGCGGCCUGAACAGGCUAGUCCUCAAGGCCUUGUAUUCCGACAUGUGCGCCUUGUACGAUAUGCUCGUGGACCGGAAGAACCUGACUUCGAGAGUCAUUGACGAGGUGCCCGCCAUCUCGGACGCCGCCGACAAGAUGGCAACGUCGGCCCUGCGAAAUAUUCUGUCCGAGUUUGACCGCUCCAAGCCUCCCGUGCUGCCCCCCAUCCCAUUUGACCUCCCACAGCUGCCGUCCAUGACGGCGAUCCACGAGACCUUCAACAGCCUCUCUGCCAAGGUCCAGAACAGGUUCGAGAAGAAGAUCAAGGAGCACGAGCUGCUUCUGAUCCUCAACAAGGCCUACAACUACGAUUCCAAUAGUUCCAAGCUGCCAUUCCUCCAGCAUUUCAAGGACUUUGAGAUGCGGGAGUCCAAGGGAAAGAUGUGCCAGGACUUGGUGGAUCAACGAAUCGGCUACUGGAUCUUCCUCUCCGUGGUCUUGCAGUCGUUGCCGAUGCUGGUGGUGGACGCACCGGGGUUGCAAUACAGCGACGGGGUCGAGUACUUUCUAUGUCAGCCGCCCAUGGGCAACCCGCCGUGGGUCGAGGACAAGAAGGUGCGCAAGAUGUGGUACGAAGUCACGGGCGGUGGCGGCCGCCUCGUCGAGCUCUCCGCCGAUGCCGUCAUGUUCAGCGUCGAGGCUACCUACCAUCGAAGUCAUUGCUGGCUGGCGGCGCAAAAGUGGGAGGGCAUCGAAGACGCAGACGUGUCCGCCUCGGGCACGCCGUCACCACCGCCCGGGGCGCCUCAAGCGGCAUUGCGGCCGCGGAAUCUCUCGCCGGGCUUGAAUCGCUCCAGUCAGGCCUGGCGUUCCAGUAUUGCCAUCGGCUUGGAGCCGGUGCCCAUGGAGCCCCCCAACGUGUUUGGAAGCCACAACCGGAGCAGCUCGCUGGGCCCGCGACCUGCGAGCAGCCACAGGGGCUUCAGGAGCGCCUCUUCGGGAAACUUUGGUGGGGUUGCAGGGAGCACGACUUCUCUGGCUGAGCCAAUGAUCACGGGCGCCACGUUUGACGACAUCCUCGGCGCCACGCCGAAGAAGGCCAGCACAAAGAAGAAGUCGAGGUUUUUCUAA